GGCGGGGCUUGAGGCCGCCGUAACCGGGACGGGCGGGUCUGGCAGGCAGGAAACGGUCAAAGUUAAAGGCCUGCGUGGUGCCGCUACGGCCGUCAUGGAUGUGAGUGUGCGCGCCAAGCGAUACGAGAAGUUGAACUUCCUGGGAGAAGGGCAGUUUGCUACCGUCUAUAAAGCGAAAGACAAGAACACCGACCGAAUCGUGGCUAUUAAAAAGAUUAAACUGGGACAUAGGUCAGAAGCUAAAGAUGGAAUCAACAGAACAGCCCUCAGGGAGAUAAAAUUGUUACAGGAGCUAAGUCAUCCAAAUAUUAUUGGUCUUCAAGAUGCGUUUGGACACAAGUCCAAUAUUAGUUUGGUAUUUGAUUUUAUGGAAACGGAUCUAGAGGUUAUUAUAAAGGAUACUAGUAUUGUGUUGACACAGUCUCAUAUCAAGGCAUAUAUGCUGAUGACCCUUCAAGGAUUAGAAUAUUUGCAUCAGCACUGGAUUCUGCACAGGGAUCUUAAACCAAAUAAUUUGUUGUUAGAUGAAAAUGGGGUUUUAAAAUUGGCUGAUUUUGGCUUGGCAAAAUCUUUUGGAAGCCCAAACAGAGUUUAUACACACCAGGUAGUAACAAGGUGGUACCGAUCCCCAGAAUUAUUGUUUGGUGCUAGAAUGUAUGGUGUUGGUGUCGAUAUGUGGGCUGUUGGCUGUAUUUUAGCUGAACUGCUUCUUAGGGUUCCCUUUUUACCUGGAGACUCUGAUCUUGACCAGCUAACAAAGAUAUUUGAAACACUAGGCACUCCAACAGAACACCUGUGGCCUGGGAUGACAAGUCUUCCAGAUUAUGUCACAUUUAAGUCUUUUCCUGGAAUGCCCCUUCACCAUAUCUUCAGUGCAGCUGGUGAUGAUUUGCUUAAUCUUUUGCAAGGCUUAUUCACAUUCAAUCCUUGCACAAGGCUUACAGCUACUCAGGCAUUGAAACAAAAGUAUUUCUCUAACCGACCAGGACCAACACCAGGAAAUCAGUUACCAAGACCCAACUGUCCUGGACAAGUUGUGAAGGAGCAAGAAAAUGCACUUCCAAGUUUAAAAAGGAAAAGAACAGAUGGAGUAGAUCAAGGUAACCUUGCUACAUGCUCAGAGAAAAUGUGAUACCUGUGGUGUUUCAGAACAAAAAUUCUGAAUGCAGUACACCCAUGGGCACCAACACCAGCUGAAGCCCUCUAAUGAUUUAUGGUUUAGAAUAAAUGCUUUAGAGUGAGAAUGACUUAGUUCUGUAUUCUAACAGAGCUAAUAUGGAAAAAAGUAUGUCUUAUGAUGCUUAGGAAUCUAUUUGUUAGGAGAAAUACCCAAUUCUGUUAAUUCCUGUAAUGGGGUUUGGUACUGCCCAUUAAAACACGGGCUAUUAUGGUUUCCCACCCCUGUGGGAUUUUUUUUCCUUAGACAUCUUACUGAGGUGGAAACAACUUUACAUCACUUAAAACAAAAAAACAAAACAAAAAAAGGAGGGUGUGAGACAAAGAAACAAAGCAUGUUAUUCUAACAAAUGGCGGAAUGUAAAUUGGAUUCAGAAGACAUUUCUGCACUUUCUUAAAAGUGAAGAAGCAAAUGAACUGUUAAGACUGCUCUGGUUUAGGAAAGUAGGUACAUUUCAGUGAUUCUUUCAAAAGGCAAGCCUGUUCCCUAGCAUCUAUAUGGAGCCUCCAGUCUUCCCCUAACAGUAGGAUGUGCUUCAUAUAUUCAUGGCAAGAAAAGCUCUGAGCACUUAAGACCUGUAUUUGCCACGAAAUUACCUUGAAUUCCUAGUAGAAUGGCAAAUACUAGUUCUUAAACUGGGAGUUUGAUAGAUAGCAGAUGUCAGGUUAGCAUGAGCUUCUUGCUAUUGCCAGUAUGAGAUUGUUUUAAUACCAGAGUGACACAUUUUUAGAAUGCAGAUACUUCCAUGGAAGCACAUGUCCUCUCAAAUUCAGAGAGACAGCUACAUUAUUAGAGUCUAACUUACCUUUCAGGUGCUUGUUUCUCAGUCUCUGUCGAAUUAAAGAGCAAAAUGCAUUACUUCACUAUCUUAAGAUUCUAAUCUCAAAUUGAAAUUUAACCAGUUGACUCUGGCUGACCCUAGUACCAUGGUUCAACCAACAUGUUGGAAUUCGUUAAGUUACCAUAGCAUAGGUAAUUAAAUUAAGCUUUUUAGGUCCUUUUGCAAGGACCAUGUGAAGGUCUGUGAUCAGUGUUUUGGAGUACAAACCUUUAGGCUUGUUGCCUAAAGGACAGGAAUGAGAAAGAAAUGCUUCCUUGAAUUCUGUGACUUCACCAUUUGAAGUCUUGCAUUUGACAGUGGGCAGUUUCUAGAGCUGUAUCAAGCUAGAACACUGCUUUAAUGUCUUCCCAAAAGUCUUACGCUUAGCAAGAGGAAAUCAAACUUGUGUGUUAAAUGCUAGGAGGUUUGAGAUUGGCUGCAACAAAGGCAUUUAGGGAAGUCAGCAUGACUUUUUGAGACGUUUAAGUAUCGGUAUAAAAAGCAAUAUAAUGGCAAUGGAAAUGUAAUGGGGUUUGUGUUGUGAAUUUUCCAUUAUAUUCUGUAACUGCCUUAGCUGAGCUGACAGAAUCAGAGGAUCUCAAAGGUAGAUCAUCUACUGGCCAACAAAUGUUAAAGGAGAGAGCUAGUGUUAGACCUAGCAAAUCUACCCUGGAUUUCAUAUGAUCCUUACAUGGUGUUAUCUUUUAGAGUUAAAAUCUGAAUAUUGCUUUGGAAGAAUAUCCUACAGUCUUUGUUUAAAUAAAAUUCAAGUACACCGCAUUUUUAUUCAUAUUAAGAGUGGAAAUGUGCAAAGGUAAUUUCAAAGAAAUAAAUUGUUUUCCCUAAAAUUCUUAGUCUGGCCUGUGCUUGCAUCCUGCCCAGUACACUCUCUUUCCCUUAGCCCUGUUGAGGCAGCACUUGAACUUGGCACAAUGAACUGAUUACUGAUGGGCACCCUCUUGCAAAAUGGUACCAGGGACUGGCUGCCAGGAGGGAAGUUUAUAUGCCAUCAGUGUAAGCUGCUUUUCCACAAGAACAAGCCUCUGUAGCUUGUGGGGUGUGUUCACUCAAUUGAAAUGUGCAGCAGCUGUACUUCUCAAGAAAGUGUGUUUAUUGUCAGGACGAAACUAUCAUUAGAUGGAUGACUGCCUGUAAAAAGUAUUAAGCAUGCAGCAUUUUUAGGUAUUGCUACCACUUAUUUCUUAUCAGUGAGGUAGGUGGAGACACUGAUGCUACAAUUACAUCAUUGUCCAUCUUCUCCACUCUGGCAAACAUGUAAUCAAAAGCAGCACUGCUUCCCAGGGACAAGAAUUUCUAAUCCUAUUAAUCUGCAUUUCUACAGAGUUGUAGGUUCACAAAACAGAUAUAAAAGAUACAGCACUAAACUUUUUCCUUAGUUAAUGCGGUAUAAGGAACCUGUCUAAUUUCAGAACCAUUCUGUAUCAGUUUGUGGGGAAAAAAUCCCACAACAUAGUAUCUAAAGUUAAGAAUUUGUUGUUUGAGCAUUCGUUUAAAGUUCAUGGGUAUGAUUCAGUGUUAGUGUAUUUUAGAGGAGACCUCUGCCUAUAGGGCAGGUAAAAACUGUUGGGUUGUUUCAUAAUAAGCUUGAUAUCCACUCCAGAAGGCAGCUAUGGUUUAUUCUACCUACAUUACAAAUAAGUAGCAUAUGAAGAAGUAACAUGACAAGAUCUGGAAUAGAAUCAAAAAAGUACUGCCCUCAUCAUUCUUACAGGUGAUACUAAACAAAUAUGUGGUUAAAACAGUGAGGCAGACAUUAAAAGGGUUAUUCCUUCCUGCUGACAGCUUAUUGCUGGGUAAUGAUAGCACCUAAAAAAAAAUCAGUGAGUGUAUGUGUGGUGGGGCAGGGUUAAGCCUUAGAAUAGCUUGCCUUCUUUAGGUUUAAAAGUACAACUAAUUGGCUAGCUCUUUAAACCAACAAAGAAGUACUUACAUGUAUCUCAAAUGCAGUUAACACAGUUACAGAAUAUGGGACUCAUUUGGAGUAUGCAUACUGAUUCAAGUGAGCUUGGAUUCUAGCAUCAUGUCAUAGAUUCACGGGGAAAAGUAGUCAUGUACUACUGCUGUCGCAAACAGUAUUAAGCAGCUCAGAGAAGAUCCAUCUCAGGAACGGUAUCAAAUGAAUAGUAAAAUCUUGAGGAGGGGGCUGUACUCCUUUACUUUGGCAACAGUGUGAUUUAUAUU